CAGCGGAGCAAGGGGGCGAGGCCUGCAGGGGCCAACUGGGGCCAGUGGAGGCCAGGGACCUAAUAUCCUCACCAGCCUCCCUUCUCUCACACUUUUGUCUCGGUGCACGAUGACUCAUGUUGAGAAGUUGCUGCUGGCGGUGGCGGUGCUGGCGUUGGGCUCCAACGCAGCAGCGGUGGUGGAGGAAUGUAACAGUCUGAAGAAAGCGCUGCCGACAGACGACCUGCACAAGAUCUUUGGGGACUGGGUUCUGGUCUGGUCCAUCACUGAUAUUCCAGGGGGUUGGGACAUCUUUCCUAACAUCACCAGUUCCCACGUCGAGCUGCGACUCUUUGCUGACAACAAAACCAUCGAGUUCAACGAGAGAAACCUUCACUCGUGAGUUAAAAUUCUGAUCCUGAUUCUGAUUCUGAUUCUGAUCCUGAUCCUGAUCCUGAUCCUGAUUCUGAU